AUGGAAUGGACGGAUCGCCUGCGGUAUGCUCCAGCAAUGACGAGGGAUCUUCGAAUAAGGCUGGGAAAGAUUUUUCUGCGAGUUUGGCCGUGGCUGAAAAGGAUGCUGACACUAGCAACGACGAUUCUCCAUUUAGGGUAUAUAUUGAACCGAUCAGCAGUCCACUCUCCCUUCCUCCUGUUGGCCGGUGUUCGCCUUGAGAAGUUAACACAACAGGAUAUGGAUUUGUUUGAGAAGAUCCCAAUGCAUCUUCAGUCGUCAGGGGUCCUAAAUCGCGUGUGGCGUUACUUCCUGGCUCUUCCUGGAGUCUUCUCCCGAUUGUUCGGCUAUGGGCUAUUCUUUGUUCAGUUCAUUGAUUUCAUGUAUAAUACUGACUUUGGGUCACAAAUGAGAAAGAAACAUGCGUAUGGCCAAAUACCUCCAGCUCCACACAAGCUUCUAACGGAAUCCAGUGUCCAACUGCUUGAUACGAACAAAUGUCCCUUAUGCCUCAAUAGAAGAAGAAAUGACACAGCGUUAUCAGUGUCUGGAUAUGUGUUUUGCUUCACAUGCAUCGAUUCACAUGUCAAAAACUUCAGAAACUUCAAAUGA